UGACUGGUACGAAUGGCGGAGUGUGACGCACGGAGCUGCGCAGCGCCUCGACGUGUGUUUUUUAUUACGAAGAGGAGCAGGCCAUGGAGGUGGAGGCCCUCGAGGCCAUCUACAUGGACGACUUUACCAAGCUGUCCGACGAACCGCUGAACUACCAGGUGCACGUGGUGCCCAACCAAGACGGCGAGAACAACUUCGUGGCGUUGUUGCUUAAGGCAGAAAUCCCGAAGACGUACCCCGACGUAAAGCCGAAGAUUGAGGUUAUCGUGAAGAAAGGUUUAUCAGACAGGCAGGUGAAGGCGGUCAAGGAUUUACUGGCUCAGCAGAUGGAGGAAAACAUGGGCAUGGCCAUGAUGUACACGUUAUCGGAGGUCGUGCGUGAGUAUUUAGUGGAAAACAAUCGCGAAGGAAAUGAUGGAUCGGAGCACCAGGAGAUGCUGCGUCGCAUGGAGUUGAAAAAGAAGAAAGAGGAGAAGGUGGAAGCGGACAAAUUAGAGCAGGCCAAUGCAAAUGCUGAGGAAAGCCGGCGUGAAUUUCACGGCACGCCCGUGACCGUCGAGACAUUCGCCGCCUGGAAAGCGAAGUUCGAUGCUGAGAUGGCGCCCAAGAAGAAGAUCUCCAUUAAGGACGAGACUACCGCGAAACUCACAGGUCGUCAGCUGUGGAACAAGGGUCUGGUCACAGAGGAUGGCGCAGAGGAAGCUGAGGCUGAAGCUGAGGGCGAGGAUGCCGCAGAGUACGAUGGUGAGGGCGAGGAGGGCAACGACGAGGAGAAGUAACAAAAGGCAACUUGAAGUAA